GAGCCUUUGUUAUUAUUGUCUUUGUCAUCUGUCAAUUGCGAUCGCGAGCAGAAACAUUACCUCUUCUGUGAGGUGUCCAUCUUGUUUCCUGCAUCUCUUUAGACGCCGCCCCUAUCAUAAUCUAAUUUCUCGCUUCGUCUACUCCGUUCAGUGGGUUCAGUGCCAAAAGGUUCAGGUUCCUAUUGCGUGUCAUCAGGAGUAGGUAGUGAUUCCGAAGUCAUGGCAGAAUUGGCAGCACUCCUGCGACAUGAGAUACCAGAGGGAAGGAACAAUCUGGCUGAUAGCCACACAAAUCUGGAGAGAGUCGCAGAAUAUUGUGAGGCAAACUAUUUUCAAGCAGAGAAUAAGAGAAUUGCGCUGGAGGAAACCAAGAAUUAUACCACACAGUCCUUGGCCAGUGUUGCAUAUCAAAUAAAUACUCUGGCUUAUAAUUUUCUUCAAUUGCUGGACUUGCAAACGUCUCAGCUUGCUGAAAUGGAAAGUCAGAUGAAUCACAUUGCUCAAACAGUCAUGAUACACAAGGAAAAGGUUGCUAGGAGGGAAAUUGGUGUUUUGACAGCUAACAAAAUGACGACUCGCCAGUAUAAAAUCAUCGCUCCUGCCAAUCCUGAGAAGCCAAUUAAAUAUGUCAGAAAGAGUAUCGAUUACAAUAUCUUAGAUGAAAUUGGACAUGGUGUACGUAACUGUGGUACACCGCGAAGCAAACAGAGAGGAGGUAGUCAAGGCAGUGUUCAGAGUUUAGGUGCUGCUUCCACAGGUUCAGGCUUAGGUGCUGCUAUGGUAGGACCUGCUCCCACUACCAAACCACCCACACCACCUCAGACAGUGAGGACUGGAACGUUGAGUAAAGGAUCGCGCGAAUAUAGGACUCCACCAGCGGUUGCCCCACCACAAGUCCCCAGUCAUUACGCGCCCAAUUAUCCACUUGGCCACCCCAGGCGGGACCGCGGUCCGGGCUAUAGCACUCUACCAUUGCACGCUCACAACUCGUCCCAUGCGAGUCACAAUAGCAAUCAUAAUGUGCACACUAAUACCAUCAAUCAGCAUACCGCUAUGCCGCAAGUGGGAACGGUGCAUCCUCUGCAGAGUCAUCCGCAGACACCACCGCCAGCGCCACCGAGCGUCACCGCGGGCUACAUACAGGAACAGCAUAAUAGCAUGCCUCCUCCACCAUCGCCUUUGAUUGGAUUGAGUAACGACAUGACGGAAUACACCGGGCAUCACACUCUACCGCACAGACUAUCGCAUCAGAUUAGUCGCAGUAGCGGUGCGAAUAGUCCACCCUUGCCUCCGCCACCGCCACCAGAGCAGGACGAGCAUCCGCAAUUCGGCAGACCGACCCCGUCUUCUGGUGCUAUAAUGCCGAUUGUGCCGGAUGAGGAAGAUCUGCCCGGAUGGGUGCCGAAAAAUUACAUUGAGAAAGUGGUGGCCAUUUAUGAUUAUUACGCGGACAAAGAGGACGAGCUAAGUUUUCAAGAAAGUUCUGUGAUUUAUGUACUCAAGAAAAACGACGACGGAUGGUGGGAAGGAGUGAUGGAUGGAAUUACCGGAUUGUUUCCGGGGAAUUAUGUCGAACCAUGCGUAUAACUACAUGCAAUAAUUGGCGAUAUCAAAAUAACUACCGGAAGACUGCAAUUUCUAAGCAUUUAUCAUACAUAUAUAUAUUAUUCAUCUCGUUCAUCUCAUUCAUCUCAUUCAUACUCAUUGAUGUCACAAUUAUAAACAAAGGUUACUCCUUAUCACUUAUCAAAUGAAUUCGUUUCGAGUGACCGACAGUUACAGAAGCGUACAGAAAAUAAUUUUUAUUGCUCAUUAAACACGAAAGAUAUGAUUUUUA